UCUAAUAAAUGCUCUCGGAUCCUCACCAGAUCUUUUAACACUUUCUCACAGUGCCCAGUUGAUGGAGUGAAUAAUUUUCCUUGGAAAUUGCUUGGAUUCCUGUCUGUAGCCAGCCUAAGCAAAAGCGGAGCUUGAACUCUUGUUUCUAAAUGGAAGAAUCCCAUUCCAGGAUUUUGCCUCAAUUUGAGCCCAAUGGUGAAUGCUUGUCACGGUCCGACGAUGAAUCGGCUUACGCAGAGAUUAUCGUCAUCCGUCAUGGAGAAACGGAGUGGAAUGCCGCUAAGAGAAUGCAGGGCCAUUUGGAUAUUGAGCUAAAUGAUGUGGGGAGAAAACAAGCAGCUGCAGUAGCUCAUAGACUAUCCAAGGGGCCUAAGAUCGCUGUUGUCUACUCAUCUGACUUGAAGAGAGCACUUGAUACUGCAGAGACAAUAGCAAGCAGCUGUGGUGGUCUGCAGGAAGCUAUGGUGCUUCUGAGAAGAUGUGAGUUUCUUUCAAAUUGGGGCUUCCUAGAAGAUGAGAGAGAGACAAAUGAUGAGGUUAUUAAAGAUCUAGACCUACGAGAAAGACAUUUGGGAGAUCUUCAGGGUCUUGUAUACCAUGAAGCAUCCAAAAUAUGUCCCAAGGCUUAUGGGGCUUUAUCAUCGCAUAGAACAAAUCAACAAAUCCCAGGUGGUGGAGAAAGUCUUGAUCAACUUUAUGACCGCUGCACAUCUGCCCUAGAGAGGAUUGGUAGCAAACAUAUAGGGGAGCGAGUAGUUGUGGUCACUCAUGGUGGUGUUAUCAAAUCGCUUUUCGAGCGGGCUUCUCCUAGUGGGCAGGCUGGAAGGGUACUUAACACGUCUGUCAACAUUUUCCACUUGUCUGAAGGGGAUAUUUGGACUAUAAAGUUGUGGGGUGAUGUUAGUCAUCUUAACCAAACUGAAUACCUGACUUCCGCUUUCGGUGGGGACGGAACUUCUGGUUAGUUGAUGCAUGUGCUCUUCAUCUUCUGUUGUUUAGAGCAACGCCGAGCUUGAAUUCUUAGAAAAUAAAGAAAUAAUUUUACAAUUGCCACUGAGGUUAAGUUUUUCAACAAAUAUGGCCUUGCAAUACAUAUAUUGUGUUCUUAUUGAGGAAGACAAUUAUUUGUUCUGAGUGCAUUUUUCAU